UUUGGAGAAAGCUCCCCCAUAUUGGAAUAUAGCACACGUGCUAUCUGAGCAUGAUACUUAACAGCACUUUUUUUCAUUCACUUCAGAGCAUGACAUGUUGUACCGCCUACACAGUAGGCUAGCUCUUCCUGUGUUUAACAAGCUUUUGACAGACAGCCAGUGAUGCAGCGAUCUUCACCCCCUAAGCAGAAAAAUGAUCUUGGAUUUAAAAGGAACAUGUUUAAUAGUCAUGGUUUUCUGUUUCAUGUUUUAUUCUGCCUAUGCACGUGUUCAGGUAUUGAGAUACCUGGGGACACAGUUAACGCAAAGUUAAAUGGAUCAAUAGAAUUUAAUACUCAACAGGAGCCAACUGUAUGCAAUUUUACUGUGGAAUGGUACAAGCAUACACCAAAUUCUACAUUAUGCCUACGCUUUGAGGCACCGAACAUCACAUGUUUGGGGGACUGCUGUAAGAAAGCACAAUUCCACUGUCAAAACAACAGUCUUGUCUUAAACUCUGUGACCCUUCAAGAUGAAGGAAAGUAUGUGGAAAAGAUAAUGUUACAAAAUGGUACAAUAAAGAAGAAUAUAUUCAUUACACUGAAGAUCAUAUAUCCUCCACGUAUCUCAAAUGUAAGCAUCAUCUCAACUCAGUCGACUCUAAUGAUCAUGUGUGAGGCCAGUGGAGGGAGCGUGUCAUACAGCUGGCUGAAAGAUGGACAGGCCCUGCAGAACAUGAACCAGACACUGAUGGUUCAUGAAGCAACCCAGAAAGUCUGUGGGAAAUACACUUGUGUGGCAGCGAAUGAAGGGGGAAGUACAGAGGCUCAUGUCAAUGUUAAUGGUGAAUAUGCGAUAUGUAGAGGCCUGGACGGGAGACAUGAAAUUAAGAUUGUGUCUGCUGUGAUUUGUGCGCUUUGUUUUUGCGUCAUUGCUGUCUGCAUCAAGAAGUAUCAUGCAGAUUUUCUAGGAAACAGAGGACCAAACACAGGAAUGGAAGAGGAUCGUAUAUAUGAUGAACCCAGCAAUGUGCAGCCAAACCCACCAGAGGUAGUCCAGCUGCCUUAUGUAUACACAGACUUCAUACCAGGAAGAUUUCCCACAGGCCACGCAAAGAAGGUGAAGACAGAAGCUGGGUACUCAACCAUUGGGGAAGUCCAGGAGCAGGUACAGACACUUCGAGCCCUGGAGCAGGCAGAGACACCUGUGGCCCUGGAGCAGGCAGAGACACCUGUGGCCCUGGAGCAGGCAGAGACACCUGUGGUUUUGGAGCAGGCACCUAAAAACACAUGAUAAGGCAAUGUGAUAGAAAGGCAAUAGGUCUAUCAUACAGGGAAGUACUGUGUACGUAUGGCACAAUAUAUUUCCUGGCACAACUUAUGGUGGACCUCUGUUUUUAUAAACAUAGACUUAUAAAAUGCACUGUUUGUGCAUAGUAAGGGAUAUCGAUAUAUCAAGCAUUAUGUUAUAACAGAUUCCACCGCCAUCAUUAUCAUUGUUACUACUUCAUGACUUCUCACUGUGACGUGAGAGAAAAUGGCAGACAUGAACGACUCUAUGCACUUUGUUGUAUUUUGUAUUUUAAAUACACAAUUCCUGUUUAUCACCCUUUUUUUGGAUUUUCCGUCUUUGGUUACACAUGGUGAUCUAUCAUAGAUCAUUUUCUGUCAACGCAUUGCAAUGUAUCGCAGAAUCACUGUAUCGUGGUACUAUUGUUAGGCUAUCAAGAGCAACAUAUUGUGACAUAUGAGUCAUAUUCUGAAUUACUCGUGACAGCAAGAAAACUGUGUUUACAAAGAUAACAACAAAUGAAAAUAGACAUAAACACAGU